AUGGCCAACCUGGCUGAAGAGAAGAAGCAACACCACGAGCCUUCCGUUAAGGAGGAGCUCUCCCGCCCUUCGAGUGGUGGCCUCCAUCAUGACCGCGUCGCUGAGGAGGCCAUCGGAGGACACACCCACGAUCUACCUGAGGGCUACUACUAUAGUCUCGCCUUCACUGGUACCGUCAUCGCUGUUUGCUUGUCCCAGAUCUCCGGAUACUUGGGCUGGGUACUUCCUUCAAAUACCCUGCUGCUUAUCAACCAGGCUAUCGGCCCCUCUCCCGACAUCAUCUGGGUUCCCGUUUCCUGGACCGCCGGUCUGGCCGUUGGCUUUCCUCUCGUCGGGCGUCUCUCCGACAUCUUCGGCAGGCGAUGGUUCUGCAUCUGGGCAUCGCUGCUAGGCCUGGUCGGUACGAUCAUCGGAGCGUGUGCACAAAGCAUCAACAUGCUGAUCGUAACCAACUCCAUCAAUGGACUGGCAGCUGCGGGACAACUAUCCUUCUGCUUCAUCCUUGGUGAACUUGUCCCCAACAAACUACGUGGUCCGGUCAACAACUUGGUGCUCCUUACAUCCAUGCCCUUCGCUGUCUUCGGCCCUCCAAUCGCUCGGGCCUUUUACGAGAAUACUGCGCUUCAAUGGCGCUGGUCAUACAUUCUGGGCGCCAUCGUUAAUACCGUGGCCGUCCUCCUGUAUUUCUUCUUCUAUCACCCGCCAUCUUAUGAUAUGCUCCACGUCGGUGGCAAGUCGAAGCUCAAGCAAUUGAAGACCCUCGACUGGGUGGGCCUGUUCCUGUUUACCGCAGGUCUGGUCGUCUUCCUCAUCGGCCUCAAUUGGGGCGGAGGCGUAUAUCGCUGGAACUCUGGCCAUGUGCUUGGAGCCCUGUUCGCCGGGUUCUUCACGCUGGUGAUUUUCGGCUUCUGGGAAGCGUACAGCAAUCACGAGUAUCCCUUCAUUCCGAUGCGCCUGUUCAAGAACAUCCGAUACGACGCUAUGGUUGCCUGCGCAAGUUUCGGCGCUGUGGUGUACUACGCCAACACUGUCAUCUGGCCGUCGAUGAUUGGCGCACUCUUCACCACUGAUGUGAAAGAAACGGGCUGGCUCUCUUGCGCCGUAGGUGGUGGUCUGCUGUUAGGUCAGCUUCUCGGCGGUCUCGGUCUUCGCUAUCUCCCUCGCAUGAAGAUCCAGAUGACGGUAGCCAGCAUCAUCUGUGUUGCUUUCGUCGCAUCCGUGGCCGCCUCCAACGCUACCACAAAGCAGCGCACGACGGCAUUCCUGCUUAUGGGCUCGAUCGGCGCCGGCUACGUGGAGAACCUGACCCUUUCUGCAACGGCGUACCUGUGGGACCCGGCCGACAUGGGCCUUGUCCUUGGUGCCCUGGGUGCGAUUCGUACCGCCGUCUCGGCGGUUGCGACGAGCAUGUACUCCUCCAUCCUCGCGACCGAGGCUGCCAAGUACAUCCCCAAGUACGUCACCCCUGCGGCGGUCGGUGCUGGACUUCCCUCGUCCUCGCUUCCGGCGUUGUUCACGGGCAUUAGUACUGGUAACUUCUCCGCUGUGCAAGGGAUGACGCCCGAGAUCAUGGCCAUUGUGGGUGCGCAGGUCAAGCAUGCCUACGGCCUUGCCUACCGCACCGUUUUCCUCUGCACCCUUCCUUUCGGCGCUCUCCUGUUGAUUGCGUCCCUGCUGACUCCCAACGUUGACAAGUAUCUCACCGAUGAGGUGGCGAGGAAGCUGCAUGGCACUGGUGAGAAGACUGAAGCCAGCGCGAAGCACAAGGAGGUUGUCGAAGGGCCCUGA